AUGGCGCCGAGCCACUACUCGGCGCAAGAGGCGUGGGGUCUUCAUGACCGACGAUACGGUCCACAAUCCAGCGUUGCACACAUGAUGCAUCCACCAAGGGAGGAGGAGCAUCACGACGGAAGGCUUUCUGGGUUGGGCGCCGAUUCACAUAAUCGGACGCCUGUGCCAACGGGCGACGAGCUGCGGAUGCUUCGUGCUGAGACUGAGGAGGCGAAGAAUGGCUUACUGGAUGCUCGUGAGAUGGUCGAGAGUGCUCAAGAUCGUGCGGCGGCUGCGACGGAGGCUGCUGAGAGGACUCGACGGGAGCAGCAGGUGUUGGUGGAGCGUCUUCGCCAACUCGAGACUGCCACAUUUGGAGGGCCCCAGCAGAACGAGUCUGCUCGCGCUCGAGCAGGACUUGGUCCCAGUCGUCGUCAGCGUCGUCGACAGGGGGGUGUCGGACUUUGA